UAUUAUAUAUGUAUACAUAUACAUAUAUAUAUAUAUGCUGUGGUAAAAUCAUUUUACAUUUAGCAUGUAAGUGGAGGCUUUCUAAAAUACAUCCUUUAAGGUUGGUGGGGCAACCCAAGCACAGUUUGUCUUUUCCCCUCUUUUGUCUCCAACUACGGUGGGGGAUAUUUUGGGGUUAGAAGCAAGGAGAGAUGUCUUCUUUUGCUGCCAGGAUUUUAAUUAGAUUUAGUUGUAAGAAAAAAUUAAUGUUCAUUGCAGAGAGCCUGUUGAGCUCAAGUUCCCAGGCUUGAGGUUCAUUGCUAUCUCACCGUUGGUGGAUAGGUGUUACACAGCACCUAAUGCUAACGUUAUCUUCAGCUGAAACCCACCAGACACGGCCCUUUCCUGUGUUAUUGGGUGUUGCAACUGUAACAUGCUGUCACGUUUUCCUAGGGCUGUGUACAAUCUGUCAAAACAAUUCCUGCAGUCCAGCUGCAGCUCACAGUCCCCUUAUAUUUCAUACAUAUCUGCAAGGAAUUGGAGCUGUGUGAUAUGAAAUAGUAACCCAGUAGGAUUGGAUGCCAGAUGUGGCAGUUUGCACUAUCUGAGAUGAUAAUCUCACCCUCUGUGCAUGAGAAGUAUAGGCGUGCUUUUUUGCUUAGGUGUGGAAAUGGGAUCAUGCAACCUGGAUUUAUGUGCGCAGAGCAGGGUUUCUGGUUUCUGAAGCUGCACUGCUUGGGUUGUUGCCUGUUUAGAGGGGGGAGAAAUAAGGGAUAAUUACUCGUGCCUCGCAUCGUCACAGCAGUUAUAAAUGCUUUACAUGACUUCUAAUAAAGCAUGUUUGCUCAACAGCUAUCUUGUGCUCGGAGGCACUCUGACCUUCCCAGAGAAGAUGAUGUAAGGUCUUCCCAGGGCACCAGGAGCAUGGCUGGUUUCAGAUGCCUCUGGAUGUUCAAUGAUAGCACUCCUCCAUACUGGAGCAGCAAAGUUUCCCCAACACUUUCUUCCAAGGGCGAGACAAGCUGUGUGCCUGCUCCUCCCUGCUGCUCUUCUCAAAGGGUACGGCUCCAUCAUAAGCAGGAAACUGGCGUCCCACGGCUUUGGAGCUUCCAUGGCAGCAAUGUCAUCCUUCCCUCCACAGAGAUAUCACUACUUCUUAGUGCUGGAUUUUGAGGCCACAUGUGAUAAACCACAGAUUCAUCCUCAGGAGAUCAUCGAAUUCCCUAUCCUGAAGCUGAAUGGAAGGACGAUGGAAAUUGAAUCCACCUUUCACAUGUAUGUUCAGCCUGUGGUGCAUCCCCAGCUUACGCCCUUCUGUACAGAGCUGACUGGGAUUAUUCAAGGCAUGGUGGAUGGGCAGCCGAGCCUCCAGCAAGUGCUUGAGAGGGUCGACGAAUGGAUGGCAAAGGAAGGACUCUUAGAUCCCAGCGUCAAGUCGAUUUUUGUGACCUGUGGAGACUGGGAUUUGAAAGUGAUGUUACCAGGACAAUGCCAGUACUUAGGGCUGCCGGUUGCUGAUUACUUCAAACAGUGGAUUAAUCUGAAAAAG